AUGUUAACUUUGUUGGCACCUGAAAAGAAAAGUGUCGAGGUUCUAGCGCAUUCGAAGCGAAUAUUUUUGUAUAUACAUUUGAGGGCGAUUGAGAACCUGCCGAGUCCGAACGGAGUACUAGAAUUACAUCUGAGCCAUGCGAAAAAUAAUCUAACCAAGCUAGUGGAUACUUACCCAUCUGAAAAUAUUAUAGAUUUAUCGAUCUUCAAUGAGUACAAGCCCACUUUUAGUCUAAUGAUUGAGCAAGAUAAUAUUGAGGAUGCGAAUAUUAUAUCUGAUCAUCCCUUGCUUAUAACCCUCUACGAUCGUAUCAAGGUACUUGUGCCAAGUGAGGCAGAAGAAAUGCAAGAAGAAGAUUUUGCAAUAUAUGAGGAACAAUUAAUCCCAAUAGCACAGGGUCAUAUUGACCUACUGAGGCUUUGUACCAAGAAGCGUGAACUAAUCACAUUUCAUUGCAUUUUGUAUCCACUAUCGAUGUCGCAAUCUUCAUUCAUCAGUUCAUGCACGACAAUGUGGGAAAUAUAUGCAUUGCUGCCGUUGCUCAAGGACCUAUCCAUCUACAAUGUAGCGUAUAUUUCAUUCGAGUCUAUAUUUAACGUGAGACCAAAUCUUAUCGACGUUGUAGAUUUGUUGGUAGCUGAUAUUUACUUUGAGUCAAAAGUUCCCAACGAACAUAAUCAGUACGAAAAAGUGAAAUUGUGCACUUUCGACAAAUUCUGCCAACAACAACUACCCGAAAAUGGUUUGCAGCUAACAUGGGCAUCCUUAAAACGAGAAGAGCCUAAAAAUUUCGAUUGUAUUGGCAUCAUAUGUGGCAACUACAUCAAUAUGUUUAAUAUUUUUCGAAAACUUGUGCAAACGGAGAGCUCAAAAAUCAACUUUGAAAAGGUCAAUUUAGAUCAUUCGGUAAUAACCAGUAAUUCAACGCACCGAUUUGUGCUAUCUGAGCAAUUUGUCCGUGUUUUGGAAGAUGUCAUAGCAUUCGAUGAGCAACAACUACUAAUUGAGCUACACCUUGUUGAUCAGCCGCACCAGUUGAUUGCGCAAGGACGUUUUGAUCUAUCAAUUUUGCUUUAUCCAUAUGGCAAGUAA